AUGGCCAAUCUUCCCAUCGGUACAACUUCGGGUUCUUCGGGUUCAGUUUUGAAUCCAGCCACUGCCCACGCUUCCGCUUCCCCAGCUUCCAUACCUUUACCACCGAACAACCCAUACAAUCCGUACUUUCAUCCAGCUUAUAUGUAUCCCACUCCUCACUACUGGCCCACUCCUUUUGCUUACCAAUCUAACCCAACUACCGAACAAGGGUUCACACGACCUCAACCAUCAUUCCAAUGGCCAAAUCCUGCUUAUAUGUCUUCUCAGCCACCACCUAAUUUGCCUCUGUAUCCUUAUCAUCCAAUGACAAAUGGUUAUCCUCCGCCACCACCUCCUCAAGUUCCACUCACCCCUUACUUGACUCAAACUGUAGAACCGUGGCCUAGCCCGUUAGCCACCAGUCCAAAAUCGUCUAUGUCACAUGUGGUGUUCAAGACUAUCAGUCCAAAAACAUCCACUUCGAACCCACGCAAGGCCCCGCUCAGUCCAAAUGGUUCUCAAUCUUCCUCGUAA